UUCGGCAGAGGAAGUGACCAUAUUUCUGUUGUAAUGUCGGUACCAGUUGGUCUCUGUGAGAUUUUCUUCAGCCGUUCAGGAUUUUGGACUUUUAUCUUCUUCGUGGUUCUGCUCUGGACGCCUGUUAAAGGGAGCCUCCAUCUGAUUGGUUCCUCUCAGCCAAUCGUAGCUGCGCCUGGAGAUGAUGUCAUCCUCCCGUGUCGUGUGGAUCCUGAGUGGGACGCUGUGGGGAUGACGGUGGAGUGGUCCCGACCGGACCUGAGACCGUCCGGCCCUCAGAAGCGUGUGGAGUACGUGUUCGUGUACCGCUUCAGGAAGACGGACCGAGACAUGAUGAUGGACACGUACAUCCAGCGGACGUCUCUGUCCCAGGACGGCCUGCGGCGAGGAGACUUGUCUCUGACCAUCCGGAACGUCAGCCUGCAGGACCACGGCAGGUUCCGGUGUUUCAUCCCACGCCUCGGGAUCGAAGCAGAACUUCUGCUUGUUGUUGAUCCAAACGUUGUUUCUACGACGGCAACAGAGACGGUUCUUCCCAGAAGCCUCAUCAUCACUCCGACGCCACAGGAGGAGGAAACCAGCAGCAACGAUUGUCGGUCGAGGCUGUUUCUUAUUUUCCCCUUUAUUCUCUUCAUCAUUUCUCUGAGUUUACUUUUCAUCUUCAGCUUGAAAAAUUGCUCCAAAAACUCAAAAUUUCAAGAGAACCUGCAGAGAGCCUCUGCCUUGCAGUUUGGAUGCCUUGCUCAAGAGCAGACCUGUGUUGAUGUGGAGCAGAACUCAAUGAUUCCUGAUGAACCGCGGCGUCAUGAAAACUGUGGAGGUUGAGUCGAUCAAUCUGAGACUAUCGAUGAAACCAGGUUCUUCAUAAAGCAGCUCACAGACUCUGCAGGAAUCCCACAUGAGAAAAUGUUCUGGGUUGAUCCAGCAGAAGCUCGUCUGCUGUUGGAUGAACUGUGCAGAGCAGCUCUGCCAUCGUCUGUCUGAGCCGUCUGAGCCGCAGCAUCAGAGCCGCAGCAUCAGAGCCGCAGCAUCAGAGCCGCACCGCUAAAGCCCGAUGAAGAGGUUCUGAACUGGAGAUGAUUGAAUUACUGAUAAAAUCAGAAACAUUAUGGACAAUCCUGACCAUCCUCUUUAUGACACUGUCUUGGGAAGGCAGAGUAUCUCCAGUCAGAGGCUUCUUCAGAUUCAGUGCAGCACAGACUGUUGCAGGAGAUCUUUUCCUCACCAUCUACAGUAACUCUGAAGAAUUAAUGAGCAACAUUAAUUCUUCAGAGUUAAUGUACCUUAACUCUACAUUUCAUUUUUUUGAUUGAAAUGUAUUUUUGAAUUUGAAUUUUCUAGGAUUGUUUUAACUUAUUUUACUUCUGCUUAGUGUCACCAUAUAUGAUCUGGUAUCAUCUUUCAGUUUGAUGCAUUUUAUUUAUUUUGAGUCUGUAGAUCAGAUCAGGCUGUGAAACGUUAGGAAAUAUUUUGAAUGUAUGUGUGAAAAAAUAGUGUGAUGUGAAGUAUUUUUCAUUGAUGCACUUUAUUUGCAAUUAUUUUGUCAUCUGGAUUUUAAUGUCUGCACUAAACACUAAAACAAAUCCCUCAAUGUGAAAGUCUGAGUUGUUGACCUGCUGUGGUCUCAUGAUGGACUGUAAUUUAUUUUCCCAUCACUUCCUGGAGAAGGGAUGUUUUUAGAGAAAUGCUGUUAAACACUCUGGGGAUUUUAAUCCUCCUGGAUUAAAUGGAUUUUUUUAAACUAAUUUAUUUUGCUCGUUGGAGACUUAAAGCAUUUAAUUGGUACUAAAUGAUUCUCAGUAUUGGGUGAUAAAAACCUUAUCAAGUUAAUAAAUUAAGCAUAAAUGUUUCUGACUUAAUAUUUAUUUUUUCUACUGCUGAAUGUUUUUUGCAAUAAAGUGAACUCUGAAGUACCAUACUUCAGAUUUCUUUAAAUAUAUUUGUGUCUCUUGUGCCUACUGCCUUUCUGAAUUAGCUUCUCUGUUCAAAGAUCUGAUUUUAAAUAGAGGUGACCUCUGACCUCUAUUUAAGAUUGUAAACAUGUUGCUUUCCUGUGAUCCAAAUGUUGUCCAUGAAAGAUUUCAUGAUCUACAGGCUUUUCUGAAGAUCCCACUUGGAGUUAAACGUCUGUACU